AAAACUGUCGUUGGUUACUCGUUUCUAUAGCAACAGUGGUAUAAAUCGGAGGUACAAAGAAUGAAAAAUUUUAGUCAUGUUUUUUAUUAGGCAUUCUCGCUUAUUUAACAGAAAGGGAGAUGCAGAACAAUGUCUUGUAUGUCAUAAAAGGAGUGAAGGUCGUCUGAAACGGUAUGAGUCGUGUACAGACACCCGUGCCUGGAGUCUCGACAGUCGAGAGAGAGCAAGUUACGUUCUAGAUUUAAUGUCAUCUAUUGCGCGAGAAGAUAAGCUGAACAAAGAAAAAGCUCUUGAAGAUAUUUCCCCACAAGGAAAGGUAUCGCCUUCUGGAUUUGGAAAAGAAUAUACUUCUGAAGCAGUAGAACAUGUAGGUGCUCUUCAUGGCGAAAGUGUUGGAGUUGCUCUCCAGUCAGGAAAUUUGCCAUUGAAACAUAUUGAAAAGGAAUCAGAAGAAGGAAUUCAUGAUGAUAUUUCUGAAUCUUCUCUUCAUGCUAGGAAAUUUACUCGGAUUGCAGCUCUACAGCUUAAUCCUGCUUAUGAUUCUGAGGCUAUCCAGUCAGAGACUCAGUUUGAAGAGACAAUUGGAGGAGAAGAUGAAACUCUUGCAAUUGGAACAGAAGAUGAAACUCUUGCAAUUGGAGGAGAAGAUGAAACUCUUCCUUAUUUCAAUCUUAAUGAGGAACCAUUUGAAGAGAGCACUUUUGAUGAUAUUUCUAAAUCUUCUCUCCAUGGAGGGAAAUUUACUCGGAUUGCAGCUUUAGGGCCGAAUCCUGCUCGUGUUUGUGCAUGUAGUGACAAAAAAGAAUUACCUAAAGAAAACAUUGUUUAUGGUAAACAAAGUGGAGUCCCUCUUCAAUAUUCAGAUACUAAUGCUGAGAAGAAAUCUCAUGAGGCUAUCCAAUCAGAGACUCAGUUUGAAGAGACAAUUGGAGGACAAGAUGAAACUCUUGCAAUUGGAACAGAAGAUGAAACUCUUGCAAUUGCAACAGAAGAUGAAACUCUUGCAAUUGGAACAGAAGAUGAAACUCUUGCAAUUGGAGGAGAAGAUGAAACUCUUCCUUAUUUCAAUCUUAAUGAGGAACCAUUUGAAGAGACCAGUUUUGAUGAUAUUUCUAAAUCUUCUCUCCAUGGAAGGAAAUUUACUCGGAUUGCAGCUUUAGGGCCUAAUCCUGCUCGUGUUUGUGGAUGUAGUGACAAAAAAGAAUUGCUGAAUGUACCUAAAGAAAACAUUGUUUAUGGUAAACAAAGUGGAGUUCCUCUUCAAUAUGCAGAUAUUAAAGUUGAGAAGAAAUCUGAUGAUGCUAUCCAAUCAGAGAAUCAGUUUCAAGAGAAAAUUAGAGGAGAAGAUGAAACUCUUCCGGUGGAUCGUAUCAAGCAGGAAUCAGUUGCUGAGGAUAUUCUUAAUGAUGUUUUUGAAUCUUCUCUGCAUGGACAGAAAUUUACUCGGUUUGCAGCUCUAAGGCCUAACCCAGCUCGUAACUGUGUAUGUAGUGCUGCAGCAGAAUUGUUAGCUUCCUCUAAAGGAAAUGUACUGUAUACAGUUUCUCUUCAACCACCAAAUACUAAAGCCGAGAAAAAAUCUAAUGAAUUGUUAAAUUCCUCCCAAGGAAAUGCUUUCUAUACUGUUUCUCUUCAACCACUAUAUAUUGAAGCUGAGAAAAUGCCUGAUGAGACAUUCCACAAACAGAAUCUUUCAUUUAAGAAAAGUGGAGCAGAAGCUGAAACAAAUCCUCCUUUUGACAAUAUCAAACAGGAAUCAGUUGCUGAAGACAUUAUUAAAAAUGUUUUUGAAUCUUCUCUCAAUGGAGAAAAAUUUACUCACAUUGCUGCUCUAAGGCCUAAUCCAGAACUGAUGACCUUGGCUAAUGAAUAUGUGUAUGAUGUUGUACGAAACUCAGUUUCUUUGAAAAAAGAGCAAAUUGGAAGCCAUUAUAAGCAUGUAAUGCCAAAUGAGAAAAUAACUUACUCUGCGCAGUUAACUUCAUCUGCAGGACUCAAGAAACAUGAGGAUGAAGCAUUAGCACUUAAAGUUGAAAGAGACUCUUACAGAGAACAGAUGGAUCUGCCAUCUACCAAAUGUCCACGUAAAGUAGUAAAGGGAAAAUCUUUUGUAUUGCAGGAAGAGAUGGGAUAUCACAGUUUUGUCGAAGGCUCUCCUGCUACCAGCUCUAAACACAGUGCAUUGAAGGAAGAAAAUUCUGUCUCUGAGGAGAAUCCAUCAGUACAAUAUGUUUCAGUUUCUAAAUCACCUCAUAUUUCUGUUAUUGAAAUAGGGGAUGAAACAGAAAUUUCUGCACAAGACAGAAAAGAAUGGAAAAACUUUGAUAGUGAGCAGAUGAAUCAACCACCUUCUGGAUGUUCAUGUAAUGCAACAAUGCAGCCAAGCCAUAUGCUAAAGGCAGAUAAAUCACUGGUUAAUGUUCCAAUUCCAGAAGCAGAAAGAAAGGCAUAUGCUGCCAGAGAAAUGAAUGGCUAUGAUGACAGCAAGAAGAAUUCUAGUCAGUAUGCUGAAGACAAUAUAUCAUUUGAUUCAGAAAGUGAUUGUUGUAAGCAACGUGUCCAUGCAUGCAGAGAAGCAAAUCCAGCAGGUUCCGUGCUACAGGAAGAAGCUGUACUGCCUGGCAGUGGAAUGGAAUAUAUUCUAAUUCCUGUUCCUCAAGAACAAGAAGCAGAAUUUAAUUUUUUGGAAAUGGAAGUAGGGAACUAUGAUCCAGCAAAACAAGCAAGCCAUAUGCCAAAGAAACACAAAUUAACUGCAGACGUUCCUGAUUUUGAAGCAAUGGCUGUAUCUGUCAGUGAAAUGCAAAAACAAGGGGACAUUCCUGUACCAUAUGGCAAAAUGAAUGUCCCCGUUGGUGGCAACAUGGAUUCUAGUCAGUAUGGUGAAGAGAAUAUAUCAUAUUCAGAAAGUGAUUGCUGUAUGCAACGUGUCCAUGCAUGUAGAGAAGCAAUGCCAGCAGGUUCUGUACUAAAAGAAGAAGCUGUACUCCCUGGCAGUGCAAUGGUAUAUUUUCUAAUUCCUGUUCCUCAAGGACCAAGAGCAGAAUUUAGUUUCUCAGAAAAGGAAGUACAGAGCAAUGGUAUAAUAAAAAGUGAAGUGAAUGGCUCUGAUGGUGGAAACAUACACAAUGGAAUUAAUUCCAAUCACUACACUGAAGAGGAAGUAUCAUUUGAAACAGAAGGUAGCUCUAAACAGCAGCAUAUGUGUGCUUGUAGAGAAGCAAAGAAAGUAGGCUCUGUACAACAAGAAGAAACUGAUCUUCCAGCUUGUGGAAGGGUAUAUUUUCUAAUUCCAGUUUCCCAAGUACAAGAUACAGAGUUUAAUGCUCCAGGAAAGGAAGGGAACAUCUAUGGUGAUAAAGCAAAAGAGACUGAGAAACUAAUCUAUGGUGACAAAUCACCAGUAAAUGUUCCAACUUCAGAAAUAAAAAUAGAAACAUUUACUAUCAGAGAAAUGAAGAGUGAUAAUGAAAGUUACAUGGGUUCUAGUCGGUAUAUUGUAGAUGAUAUAUCUUUUGAUUCAGGAACUGAUUUUGCUAAGCUACGUAUGUGUGGAUAUAGAGAAGCAAGGGAAGUAGAAUCUUCAGAAACAUCAGUUAGAGAUGUUAUGUACUUAGAUGAACAUGAGGAAUCUCUCAAUAGAGAUGGAAACAUCCACAUGGAGGAGAGUGAAAAACUAGUCUGUGGUGACAAGUUGUCAGUAAAUGUUCCAACUCCAGAAAUACAAAUAACAGCAAGUACUGUUGGAAAAAUGAAGAGCUAUGAUGAAAGUAAAAUGGAUUCUAUUCGGUAUAUUGUAGAUGAUAUAUCUUUUGAUUCAAGAACUGACUUUUCUAAGCUACGUAUCUAUGGAUGUAGAGAAGCAAGGGAAGUAGAAUCGUCAGAAACAUCAGCUACAGAUGUUAUGCACUUAGAUGAACACGGGGAACCUCAUCACAGAGAUGGAAACAUCCAUAGUGAAGAGUCUGAGAAAUUAUUACGAUCAUUUGAUGUAGAGAGAAAAUUUUACAAGGAACAGAUGGAUACAGCCAUUAGAAAGUUGAAUGAUCGAGUCAAAGAAACAGAGGCUUUACGUGCUGAGAGAGAUUCACUAAAGACUGAUCUAGAUGCAGCCCAGCAUUACAUAAAACAGCACAAAAAAGCCGUAGAUAAGUUGAACAGCAUGAGAAAAGUGGAUGAACAACUGUCUCGAGAAAAUGAAGUACUUUUGAAGAAAAUUUAUCAGCUUAGUUACACUGCUUUCAAUCAGCAGACAACAAUUUCUAAAUUGAAGAAUAAGUUGAAACAGAAGUCAAAGAAUUGCAGUUAUGUACAGAACAGUAACUCUAGUGGAAAAGGUAGUGGUGAAUUUAAACCAGUUCAUAUCCUGUAUCCAACCAGCAAGAAUAAUUUAAUGGUGCCACAUAAAUCAGUUUUCUUAGAAUCAUACUCUCAAUAUCCACUCAAAAAUUCAACAUCAGAUGCUGCAAGCAGAUAUAAUAUGAGUGAGGGUGAUAGAAGUUCAUUCAGUCACAUGAAUGCAAACAGGGCUUUUGUUGAGGAGACUGUUAAUCAUCUACAAAUCACUGCAAUUACUGAUCAUAAUCCACAAAACAAGAAAUAUCUUGAUCUGAAGAAAACUAUCAGAAGAGAGAAGGAUGACUUAUUGAAAGUGACAAAACUUAUACAGUUCCAGCAGGGUAUCAUUUCAAACUUAAGUAAUUGCAUUGAUAAUGAAAAAAUGUUGCUCUCUGAGCUUAACAAUGCAAAAAAGGAAAAAAAGUGAACCUUUCUGUGAUUGAACUCUUGCCACUGCUUCAUAGGGAAGAAAACUGUGCAUUUGAAGAAGGAAGCAUGGCUAUUUCUGUGCACACGACGCUUCACUUCUCUAAGCAUUAAAUUAUUAGUUACACCACUGAAUAUUUUUUGUAUUACAUGUGUUUGUCUGAUCAACUUUUCUUGAGACGUUUUGUCAUUGUAAGGACCCAAGUGUUUGUCAAAAUCAAUCUGUUGUUUCUUUGUAAUAAAAUAAAUUUUCUCUAUUCAUUAUAGAACAUUCAUUGCUUGUAUUUAUUGUUUGGUUUGUUAAUUUUAAAAUAAUUUUAAUUUGUAUUUUAUGUCCAACAAACUGAGAUUUUUAGUGACAGCAUAUCACGCAAGAUUUGAAUCUUGAGUCAGUCAAUUAACAGCCUUGCAUGAAACUGUUUUUCAUAAAAUUUCAUGUUGUUUUCUAUAAAAAUAAAGUGGGGUGCAUCAUUAUAUUGACCAUGUGGA